AAUUUGUGGCAGGACAGAUGGGAUGAAGAGUCCAAAGGGAGGGCUUAUUAUAAUUUGAAUCCAAAGGUUGGUUUGGGACGUCAGAGAAUAAGGUUGAGGAAAGAAGAAGUAGUAUUCACAAGAUUGAGAAUAGGACACACGGGUCUGAACAAAACACUGCAGUUAAUGGGGAAACACAACUCUGGAGAAUGUGAUGAGUGUCAUGAAGCAGAAACCAUAGAGCACGUUCUGAUUAGAUGCAGAACCUAUGAAAGAGAGAGAAGAGUUUUUAAAAGUAAGGUUGAGGACGAGAAGGUGAUCUUCAGAGUGAAGGAAAUUUUAGACAAGUCAUCUGACCAUGCAGUUGUUAAGUAUUUAUUUGAAUAUCUUAGGAGGACGGGGUUAAUGAAUAGAAUCUAGGUUUUAUUUAUUUAUUUAUUUAUUUAUUUAUUUAUUUCCCCCUGUAGCUUGCAUGCUACAGUUUUUUCACUGUUAGUUUUGUGAGCCAUAACUGUGAGAGUUCAUUCACUCAUUUAUCAGGAGGGUGGCGGUAAUGCGCUGAUAUAGCCGCGUCUGCCGUAUAACAGCUAAAGAAGAAGAAGAAGAAGAAGAAGAAGAAGACCUGUUGCAUCCCUCUGCGUUUCCAAGACAAGAUCUACCCGGACACAUUUCACUGCUGCACGUCGCUAGCUGCAACUUCAUGCUAGAGCAGACCAAUGUUUUGCAUUUAAUCAGGCAGUUCUUUUUUUUAACAGCUAAGAGUGGUUUGUGGAGAACAUGGCUUCGUCCUCGGACUCGGACAAGCCUUCUGUUUCCAACGUGGAGGAGAGCAGAUCUCGGCAGUGUGCAGAGUUCGCAGCGAUAGCGGGAACAGACAGCGCCGUGGCUCAGUGCUACCUGGCUGAGAACGACUGGGAGAUGGAGAGAGCUUUGAACUCAUUCUUUGAGGCAGACAUGGAGAAAAUAUUUGAAACAGAUGAUAUAUUUGAAGUGCAGGAUGUUCAAGAGAGAGACUCCAGCCCCAAAUCUAAGAGACAAAAGGUUGAGGAGAAAGCCCCAACAGACUGCAUAGACCUGACUGAAGACAGCCCGACACCUGCACAGAAACCCACCGAAGAGGAGGGCAGCGACAAGCUGUCUCUGAUCUCCUGGAAUGUGGACGGACUCGAUACAGACAACCUGGCAGAGCGAGCCAGAGGACUGUGUUCAUACUUAGUUUUAUACACCCCUGAUGUGGUGUUUCUGCAGGAGCUCAUUCCACCCUACGUCCAGUACUUGAAGAAACGAGCCGUCAGUUACCUGAUCAUUGAAGCUGGUGAGGAUAAUUACUUCACGGGGAUGAUGCUGAAGAAAUCCCGAGUCAAGUUUGAGGAGAGUGAGGUGGUCUCGUAUCCCACCACUCAGAUGAUGAGGAACCUGCUCGUAGCUCGGGUGAGCUUCAGAGGGCAGAAGCUGUGCCUGAUGACGUCGCACCUGGAGAGCUGUAAGGCUCACGGACAGGAGCGCAUGAAGCAGCUGCGGCUGGUGAUGCAGAGGAUGCAGGAGGCGCCCGAUGACGUUACUGUUGUGUUUGGCGGGGACACAAAUCUGAGAGACACCGAGGUGGCCAAAGUGGGCCUACCAUCCGCCGUUUGUGAUGUAUGGGAGCGGCUGGGCAAACAGGAGCACUGUCGCUACACGUGGGACACGAAGGCCAACAACAACAAGAGCGUUAACUAUGUCAGCCGCUGCCGCUUCGACCGGAUCUACUUCCGUCCGGCCAAUAAGGAGGGAGUCCCCCGUCUGGCCCCCGACCACAUGGCCCUCGUGGGGCUGGACAAGCUGGACUGUGGCCGCUACACCAGUGAUCACUGGGGAAUCUACUGUAGCUUCUCUGCAGGGUAAAAAUGAUGUGAACUACUGCAAGGAUGCCGUUUUAAAGCUGCUGCUGCUGUUUAGUUUUUAAGCUUUCCAGAGGUGGGAUGAUCAGCGUUGGGUUCAGACCACACUGACACACUCUCUGUUCAAAAAAAAAUAAAAAAAACAAAACAAAACCUUUUCUGACCUCAUUUGAGGCGUUCUGUGAUUAUGCAUUGCUUUCCUUCAUUGUAACCCUCAGUGUUUCAGAUGGAAUGCAGUUUUCUUAUGAAUCAAAUUAACAAAAUAAAAUAU